CUUUCUUUCGUAGGUGCCGUAUCAUUUUGUCGCAUCCCCGUUUUGCAUAAAUAACGUUUCUGAAAAACUGUGUGGACGGUGGCCGUCUUACUUUGCAUGUGACCGAGGCAAUGAGUAUCGUUUGCCUAUAUAGGCAACUUUUUUACAUACCAUUAGGUUUGAGGAACAGGAAAAUUUCAUGGAUGUCCUAUUAUUUUGCCGUGGAGUGUAUUUUUAGAAAAGAAUGAACGAUGAUUUCGAAGCGUGACGCGGCGCCAUGUUACCGCGAGUGCCGAACAGUUACGGAAGAAGCCGAAGUUGGAUUCGACGAGGUCGAGUGCAGACGCGGCCAGCAGUGCGGACGGUACGGACAGUGCGAGCAAGUGUAACGAGGGAGCGUGGCCGUUGCGGUGUAUCCGAUCUUGCUGAAUUUUUGCUCAGCUGUCACUCGGAGCGCCCUACUCUCUCCCUCUCGCUCUCUCGACUGUGAAAGCGUGGUUCGUGGUUCGCGGUUCGUGAGUGACGCACCUACCAGGAUCACGUCUUCUCUAUCCGUCUCGUACGUUUUUUCUUUUCUUCCCGUUCUUUCGCCCCGUCUGCUCCAUGGUUUUUCUUUGUCUCUCUCAGAUUCGUUUGCUCCGGUCGUACCGUACGCUCGAUAAUAGUCGUGUGUUCUCUUACGUGGACGACGACGUCGAAACGAGGACGUCGUCGACCGACGACGCUGUCUGCUGACGUUUUGUUGUCGAUCGACCGCGUCGUGUGUGUGCCACCAGUUGCGUGUUGCAUAACUACGAUUUUACGACAGCCAGCUCCUCUCGUCCGUAUUCAGGUUCAACACACGUCACCGCAUCCUUUUGCCGGCAAAAUUGGACUUGUCGAUAUCUGCGAUUGACCGAACAACACCGAAGGUUCACGACAGAAGGCAAAGCCAGACUCGAGAGGAGGAAUUCAUCGAAAAUGGCGGCGGGAACGUGUCAAUUGGCCUAAAGAGAAAUUCAGAGACGCAAGGAUGGUGCUGGUGGUGAACGGGGUCCUGCAGGAGGACAUCCCGACGGACAGCAGAUCCUUGUACGCGGCUCAUCCGAUCUAUCGUGAGACCGCGGCGCAACUUCACUCGAUGCCGGCGAAAUUGGUCGGACCGAUGGGUCUUCUUUACGUCCAGCAACGAGAAAUGGCCGCCACCUUGCCUCACGACAAAAACGUGAGCAUUAUCGGCUCGGACGACAUGACGACCUGCAUAAUCAUCGUCGUGAAGCAUUCCGGUUCCGGGGCUGCUGCAUUUGCCCACCUGGACGGAGCUGGAACGGAAGAGGCUGCAGCGGCGAUGGUUCAAAGGGUAACCGAGCUCGCCCUCGGAUAUCCAGAGGGUCGUUUGGAACUGCAACUAGUCGGUGGUUAUUCCGAUCCGAGGAACUACUCCGAGGAACUGUUCUGCAAUAUUCUUUCCGCCUUUCACAAGCAACCGGUAGAGAUCGAUCUGACCCUUUGUUGCGUGGGCGAGUUGAACACCACCGUGAGAGGUGGCAUUCAUUGGCCGGUGAUCUACGGUAUCGGCCUGAACGUGAAGACAGGCGAAAUUUUCCCGGCAACCUUCCCCGACAAAGGUCCCGAUCAGGCGCUAAGAUCAGCGAGACACUUGACCGGCGGCCAACAGGUUCUGGAUGUUUACGACUGCACCCUAGGACUGCUCAGAAUCGGUCCGUUCAAUUACGAUCCUCUGCGAGGGGUCGAUCUUUGGUUGGCCCAGUCCGAUCAAUUUAUCCUGCAACACCUCUCGACUGCCCCGGAAGUGGAGCCUCCGCAUUUCGUGUCGCAGAUCCGGGCGACGCUGAAGUACAUACAGGACAAUCAAUUUCCGGCCGUCACCGUCUUCCGAGAUAACAGACCUCAUUACUAUCGUCGAGACGAGACCACUGGUGUCUGGCAGCCUAUGAGAUACUAAUACACGACGUCGGCUGUACUUUCGCUCUCGUGGACUCGCACAAAGAGAAAAGACAAAAGCAGUUUGCGAAAUUCCCCUGGUGAUAGAAAAUCCAAAAAUAGAAUCGCGAGCCGACGAAAGAAUCACCGUAAUAAAGCGGGGACGCACCACGAUCCGUGCAUGUGUCGCGUAUUAUCUUAUCCAGCGUUUCUCGCGAAACGUCCUUUUCGGAUUAUAUAUUUAUUAUUCCCCGAAGCGUGGAUACCAUUAUCGCCCCGAAACGAUACACGCACGAGCCAUUGUGCGCGGGGAUUCUUCGUCGUGCUCUCGAUCUGUUUCGGUGAGCAAAGGUAUAAUAUUUCGUCGUGUUCCUCGCCGUUGUUGUUACAUUUAACGAUAAGAGGAACGACGAUAAGAUAGCAACGCCUUCGUCGAUUCGCGGUCGUCCGAAAAAGAACGAGAAGAAGGUGGUUCGAACGAUCGUCGUUAGGGUAAUGAUAACUUUGAAAGAUCAAUAUGUACUAGGAAUGGUAGUUUAAGGGUUAGCAAUCGCCGGUUGUUGAGUUUCAUUUACUUUAUUAAUUUUCUAACUCCACUUCCUUUUCGUCUCUGUUUCAAGAUAUUUUUAUAACUACGUUCACGAGCUGCGAUUCCAAGACUCUUGUCGUUAACACUAGAUUUACGGAAGUCUGAUUCCAUAUUUAAAAUUGCAGAACGCGUAAAUAUUAUAUUAUAUUUGUUGAAUUUGAUCGAUGCACUGGCAUGAAUACAUAUUCCAAUUAAAAGAAAAAUCGUAUUGUAGGGUAAACGUCGACAUGAAAGGUAUCAAUGAAUAUACGUGCGAUCAAUGCCCGUAAAUCUAGUGUUAAUAGCGGUCGCUCGUUCUCGAGCUAAUAGCGCGUUCCUGUCGUUGAAUACGGACUUUAACGCGUCCAAUAUCGUAUCAUUUUUAUCGAUGUACAUAUUGUGGUGGACAUUUGGUUUCCGUGCGAGCUAUAUUUAAACGAUUGCGAAAUAUUCGACCCGUUGUAUGGAGAAGGAUCUGAACAUACGAUGGAAUCGAUCGAGAAGAUACUCGCCGCAGCUCGUUCGAAAGUAUAUAUUUUAUGUAAAUCGUUAUUGAUCCUCGAUGCGUUUCCGUCGAGAUCAAGAAUUUGUUCCGAACGAUGAUGCAAAGUCAUCUGUAAAACUGCGAUAUUACGUGUCUUCUGUUUCUUUCUUCUUCUCCUAGUUGGAUCAGGGAAGUUCGCAGCAAACGAACAUUCCGUACUUGCCAUAAAAGAAAGGAAAGUUAGAGAAAUUAGGGAACGAUGUAAAUAAUUUUUUAAAGGUUAUACGCGCGACUCUUGCGGGGAAGAGAGAAAGCUUCUAUUAAAAAUAAAGGAAAAGAACCUGUUGUUGAACUCGUAUCAGUUUCUCCUGUUAUCUCGAGAUGGUUAAAAAUUAAACAAGACGAAACGCCACAUAUUUCCGUGUCUACGUGAAACGAAAUUCGAGCUUUCUAUUGUCUCCGUGCGACUCUGUUACGAAAACGCUUUAGUGGAAACAACUUUUAAUCGAAAUAUAGAAAACGUUAAGGAAAAGAAA